UUGCCCUCUUCUUGCAACUCCUCACACCUUCUGCUCCUCUCCCUUUAUUCACUCCUCACCUCCGCACACACUCUGUUUCUCUCUGAGCUCCUCUGUUUCACUGCCCACUCGUCGUCGUCCAUCAAGAUGGAGUGGACGCGCGGGAAAUGCAUCGGGAAGGGCGCGUUCGGCACCGUGCACUUGGCCGUCCACAGGGCCACCGGCCGCGCCUUCGCGGUCAAGUCGGUCGACGCCAAGGGAGGCGCGCCGGCGGCCGCGAUGGCGUGCCUGGAGACCGAGAUAAGGAUCUUGAGGCGGCUGUGCUCUCCGUACGUCGUGGCGUACAUCGGCGAUGACGCCACGGCCGCGUCCAGGAACCUGCACAUGGAGCUCGUCUCGGGCGGGAGCGCGGCGGAUGCGGCGGUGGCGAGGGGCGCGGCCGGCCUUGACGAGCGCGCGGCGCGGUGCGUCCUGCGGCGGGUGGCCGCCGCCCUGCACUACCUUCACGACGUCGCCGGGGUCGUGCACGGGGACGUGAAGGGGAAGAACGUGCUCGUCGGCGGCGACGGUGCCGGGUACGGCGGCUCGAAGCUCGCCGAUUUCGGCGCGGCGAGGCUGGUUUCGGAGCCGGCGCCGCGAGGGCCCCGUGGGACCCCGGCGUGGAUGGCGCCGGAGGUGGCCCGCGGCGGCGCGUCGACGCCGGCGUCCGACGUGUGGUCGCUCGGGUGCACGGCGGUGGAGCUGCUCACCGGGAAGCGGCCGUGGUCGGAAAUCGGCGGCGCCCUCGAGGUCGGCGAGCUGCUGCUCCACAUCGGUUACGGCGGGGAGCGGCCAGAGCUCCCCGCGUGCCUCUCCGACUCCUGCAGCGACUUCCUCGACAAGUGCCUCCGCCGCGACGCUGGCGAGCGGUGGAGCUGCGAGCAGCUCCUGCGCCACCCCUUCCUCUCCGCGGACCCCCACGACGCCGGCGAGCCGUCGCCGUCCCCGUCCCCGCGAGCGGUUCUUGACUGGGCGGCGUCGGACUCGGACUCCGAUGCGUCGUCCGACAUCGAGGAGGAGGUGAUCAUGGCGAGCGCCAAGGGGAGGAUUGCCGAAUUGGCAUCAGACAGGCCGCGCCCAAGCUGGGUGCGCGAGUUGGAGGACGGCCCCACCUGGGCGCCCGACACUUGGGCCCCACCGCCCAGUCUCGAGACGUCAACCGAUGUAGUAGUACUGCCACUGGUACCAUCGCCAUCCGACGCCGCCACAGUCGCUGGCGCGGGAAAUGGCGGCGCCGGUGGGCCCGCCGUGAGCCGUGACGGCGUCCUCGUGACCGGCGGGAGCGACGGCGGCUCCUGCCGUGUCCACGGCCGUUGCUGGCGCGACGAUCGCUGUGGGUGCCAUAAAUGUGGGUCUGGGUUUGAUCGGCCUCCUGGUUGGCCGCCGCUGGCCGUUGCGUCCGUGCUGGUGUCAUGUAUUCUCUCGCAUUUGAUUCAAUCAAAGAUUUUGUUUCAGCAAGCAGCCAGUGAAUUGAUAUUUUUCAUUACAGUUGCUGGUUCGGUUUUUUACAGCACAGUUUCUGGUUCAUGUUUCUUUGGUGGUUUUGACUUUUGAUAUUGCUGCUACUAGUUGGGUGAGAGAGCCGGCCAAGAUAAGUUGGUCAGCAGCGCG